AUGUGGUGGGCAUCGGGGUCGUUGGUGCUGGUCACAUUCGCUUCUGCGCUACAGCUGGUUGUCGCAUACAAGCCUCUUUCUGAUGACACCCUCAAACAUCGUCUGCCAUUGCCUGAGACGGCCGACUUUGACAUCCAUACAGGCAAUUUAUUGGCUCCCAUCCUGAUUCCUCGAGUCCCCGGUACUCCAGGUUCACAGAAAGUCCUCAAACAUUUCGUCGACUUCUUUCGCACCGCUCUCCCAACCUGGACAGUGUCCUUUCAGAAUUCCACCUCCAAGACUCCCACCCACGGUGACACCGAUGUGCCUUUCGUGAACCUGAUCGCCUCAAGGGAUCCUCCAUGGGCCCAGCCAGGAAAUGUAGGAAGGCUGACCUUGGUGGCACAUUAUGACUCCAAGUACACACCCGAGGGCUUCAUUGGUGCAACCGACUCGGCCGCUCCGUGUGCGAUGAUCAUGCAUGCCAUUCGGUCGAUUGACGCCGCUUUGACAAAGAAGUGGGAAAACAUGCAGACGCAGGAUGAUAUAGAUCUUGAAUUCGAGGAGGACAAGGGCAUUCAAGUUCUGCUGCUUGAUGGUGAGGAGGCUUUCAAGGACUGGACUGCUACCGACAGUAUCUAUGGAGCCAGAUCACUGGCUGAAGAAUGGGAGCAUACCAUGCAUCCUGCUACAAGCAUCUACAGAAGCCCCCUCGACUCCAUCGAACUCUUUGUGCUACUCGAUCUUCUUGGUUCUCCUGAGAAUCUGCAGAUACCUUCGUGGCAACAUAGUUCACACUGGUCCUAUGUCCGAAUGGCCGAAGCCGAGCAACGAUUGAGACAGCUGGGCAUGUUCAAGAGUAAUCCAAAGCAUACUUGGUUACCCGAAAAGAACAAGAAGGACACGGACAGGUUCAGUAGUUAUGUGAUGCAGGAUGAUCAUAUCCCAUUCAUCGCUCGAGGUGUCCAAGUCUUGCAUUUGAUUCCUUCUCGUUUUCCUAGUGUCUGGCACACAAUCAACGACGAUGCUGAGCAUCUCGACAUUCCUACCGUCGAGGAUUGGGCUCUUCUUACCGCUGUCUUCGCCGCCGAGUAUCUCGAACUCGACGAUUUCUUUGAGUCACUACCGACCGAGCACAUCAAAGGACGGAGAGCGCUAACUAGCAAAACCGAGUUAUGA